AAGCCGUCACUUGGCAAUUGAACGAUUACCGACGAUUGUCCGAGGCAGGUGGCAUCCUGUUGGACGGGAGUCGUGUCGCUAUGAUCCGCCGAGUGUAGACCAAACACGUGUGCUGUAAGACAUGAAAAUGUUCUCGAUAAUUCUGCUCGUCGUUACAGCUUCCUUAGCAUUUGGUGAAGAAGAAGCUAUGAGGAAUUUGACUACAGUAACAUGGGCUCACGCAGUGAACAACAAAACAUACCUGGAAGCAGCUUUAGCAAGUGAAGUAUCGAUGCUAGAAGCGGACAUCGUCGUUGGUCAUGUGAAUGGCAAGGACGGUCCGCCGCUACCCGUUAUGGCGCACCCCCCAGCAACAACCUCCGACCUGAGCCUAGCUGAUUUCCUCACGGGCGUCGCUCAGUACAACAACGUGAAUGCGAAGCAGAAAGGCGUUAAAUUAGAUUUUAAAAGCAUUGAAGCUUUUGAGAAAUCGCAAGAAAUAAUAGCGCCGUUCAGCAAACCAGAGGUAACAUUCCCACUCUGGCUGAACGCUGACAUCCUCCCUGGCCCAGUCAAAGCAACAACUAAGCCAGUGGAUCCAACCAAAUUUAUCCAUCUGGCUGCAAAGCAUCCCCGGGCCGUUUUGUCAAUCGGAUGGACAACGAAUUACGGUGGCAACAUCACGGAGGGCGAGUACAGUCGCGAUGAAAUCGGUGCAAUGCUAAGACUGGUUAAUGAACAUAAUAUUAACCAAACAGUUUCGUUUCCGGUCCGUGCUGGUCUAGCCUCCAACAGUCAACCAGUUCUAUUAGAUCUCGUGCGAGAGACGGCAUCUCUCAACUCAUCUAUCACGGUGUGGUCCAGCGAGGGUGAUAACGUGGCGGUGGAACGCCUGCGGGCCCUCAUCCUAACCGUGGGCCUGGAGAAGACUUACCUCGACGUACCCCACGAGCUAGCCGCUAAACUACACCUUCCACCUCCCAAUACUAAUGCUAAGCAUUAAAUAUAUGCUUUCAAUAUUAUUUAUGGUCUCUUGAGGGUCUUGUAUUUUUAAUUUAUAAAUAUUAUUAAAUCUUUUUGUGCUUAUUAUUUCAA